AUGGAGCAGCUCAGACUCGCGCUCGAGAUCUCCGCCCGCACGUCACCGCAAUCACGAGCGCGUGAGACUCGCGACGAAGACGUAACGACUUCGACAGGCCGCGGGUCCGGAAACACUCGUUUGAACGAUAAGCCUGGUCGAGCGACGCGCGCUUCGGGGAAGCCAUCCGUGAGGUCAUCAACGAUUGAUUCCGACGACGCCGCACCGAGCUCGGACGACCGAGUGACGAUGGCAAAGAGACUCGUGAGGCGUUUCGGUGUGCACGAGCGGGACGCUCGGAGAGUGGUGGAUGUCAUGGACGGGGACACCGCGCGAGCAGAGGACGUGUGCCUGAUCGUGAGUGCGGUCAAGGUGAGCGUCGAUCGAGCGAUCGCGUAUUUAAGGGACGUGGGAUGGGACGUCGAGCUGGCGAUGUCGAGGAUGCUGGACGCAUCGAAAGUGAGUCCGAACGCGGCGGAGGAGCGAGAGGAACUGAAGAGACGGGCCGAGUCCGUGCGAAGAGUGAGCGGGGUGAAGACGGACGAUUCCAAAACGGUGAGACAAAACCUCGGCGACGAUACGGGAGCGAGCUAUCGUCGCACGGAGUCGGGAUUUUCGGGGGCAUCGUUUCGCCCGCCGCCCGCGGCGAGAAAGCGUGACGACGAGGCGGAGCGAUACCAUCAAGAGCGAUGGGAGGGCGAGUUCGCGGAGCGAGCGGCACGAGCGACCAGAGCGAAAAAUAACUUGGAUCCAUCGUUCGAUCGCUCGGUUCCGCCGUCAAAUUUGAGACCUCACGCAAGAGAGGCUCUUCGAGCGAGACGCGCCGCCGAAACGCCGCAACCGCCUCGAACGCCCUCCUCGACGUCCACCGAGCUCGAUCCCGCCGCCCUCGAGCGCAUGGAUCUCGUCGACGUCCUUACCACCCUCGGUUAUACCCCCUCGUCUUCCUCAACGACCGCCGUUCGAUCUGCGUUUCGCAAAGCCGCGCUCCGCUUCCAUCCUGACCGGCACGCCGGCGCGCGAGACGCCGCCCUUCGAGGCGACGUCUGGAAAGUUCUCACGCACAAGAUGGACGCCUACGCGCAUUGA